AUGAGUCCUAUAAAAAACUUGGUGGUUCUUUCAAUCGGAAUUUUGUUUCUGUAUACUGCCUAUGCUGGACUAAUGACACUGCAGAGCAGCAUGAACCAUGAUGAAGGCCUGGGUGUUGCAUCUCUAAGUGUUAUGCAUGGAGCAUUAACAUUAUCGUCAAUAUUCUUACCAGCAAUCCUCAUGAAAAAAUUAGGAUGCAAAUGGACUAUUGUUGCCUCAAUGAUGUGCUAUCUCUCAUUUACUCUAGGAAAUUUCUAUCCAAGCUGGCCAACGCUUAUUUUAGGCUCAGUACUUCUCGGAGUAGGAGCAGGGCCUUUAUGGGCUGCAAAGAGCAUCUAUAUCACAGCCAUUGGUAAUAAGUAUGCCGAAAUGACUGGAAAAGCUUCCAAAGAUGUUGUUAAUCAAUAUUUUGGAAUUUUCUUUUUCAUUGUUCAAACCUGUCGAAUAUGGGGCAAUCUCAUUUCAUCGCUAAUAUUUCAAUUUACAACUUCUGCAGACGACUAUAUUAGUGUCUUGAACAACACUGGUUGUGGAGCAGGUUCCUGCCCGGUCCAUUCAUUUUCCUCUCUAAACGCAACAGGUCCAAGUCUAUCAAACAGUGUGCUAUAUACAAUUCUUGGGGCAUACACAGGGUGUGGCGUAAUUGGCAUUCUAAUUAUUUUGUUAUGUCUUGAUCAAAUCAAUCUAAAAAAUGAGCACAACAAAGAUGAGGAUCAGCAAUCAUUAUGUUCAAUUGUUUUUUCAACAUUCAAGCAUCUAAAAGAUAAACGCCAGUGCUUACUGAUUCCUAUUACCAUGCUCAGUGGACUGGAGCAGGGAUUCAUUACAGGAGACUACACCCGUGAUUAUGUUACCUGUGCAAUUGGUAUCCGGAUGGUGGGAUUUGUCAUAAUUUGCUCUGGAGUAACAAAUUCCAUCAGUGCAAUUGUAUUUGGAAAGAUUUCUCAAUACACUGGUAGAUUUUUCAUCUUCGUAUUGGGUGCAAUCAUCAACAUUUCAUGCAUCGUUGUCCUUUUGUUGUGGAAACCUCACGCAGACCAGAUAGUAAUUUUCUUUGUCAUUUCUGGUGUUUGGGCUAUUUCUGAUUCAGUUUGGCAAGCCCAGGUCAGCUCUUUAUAUGGAGUUUUGUUUGAGAAGAACAAGGAGGCUGCAUUUGCCAACUUCUGUCUGUGGGAAGCAGUUGGCUUUGUGAUUGCAUAUGCAUACAGCUCAUUUCUAUGUGUAUACAUGAAGCUCUACAUACUUUUGUGUGUAAUUGCACUAGGCUUUAGUAUGUAUGUGGUUGUGGAAUACAUGGAAUUCACGAGACCAUCUUCAGAUAAACAAGAACCCAAGGAAGCUCCAACGUUGAACACACAGUAA